UAUAUAUAUAUAUACACACACACCAUUAUACGAAUAAGUAUAACUGGGUGCAAAGGAUGCCACUAAUAAUGGUUAUCUUUUAAAAAGCUCUCUUCAAUAACACAUUUCUCUUUUUCUUUUAUUUCCACUUCACUUGGUCCUGUUCUGUGCACAUUAGUAAUUAAUUCUACCUUGUUAUUACAGAAAAAUGUGGUUCAGCUUUCUAAAGAUACUGUCCACGGGCAUGCAAAGGUACCAUAUGACACCAUCUGUGCCUUGUGUGUGUUUCUUUUGGCACGACGUGAACCAGGUUCUUUUGAGAAGGCCCCUGCACAUGUAUUAACCUCAUAUGACUGGAUGUGACAAUGGCAGAGAAAUUAAUAUAAUUACCAGUGGACACCUCAGGCUGCAGCCACGUAACAGCUCAGCUCUCCAAGCACCGCAGGGCCAUUAAAAUCAGGCCCACGCAAGUUAUGUUAUAAGGGCUUUUAUUCUUUGUGUCUUUAAAGCUGCAACAGAACAAGUUUUGCACAUGUCUCCCUGUGGCCUUUAAUGACAAUAUGAGUGGCUGAGAUAGCCUACAAUUUAAUUAAGAAAAAAGGAGAGAGAACCGGUUAACUGAAUUGCAGUGAGUAUUUAUACAAAUCCUGUAUGAAUGCAUUUAUUUCAAAUAAGCAUUUUAAUGGGCGGUAAUGAUUUCACAAACUAGUAGGAGCAAUUAAACAGACUGACAAUGAUCUUGACAGUGUAAAUGUUUUGGAUGAGAGGCACAAGUGGUCACAGGAAUCAUCACAAUUUGUGGAUUAAAUGUUGCUCUCCAUGGUGCUGAAAUCACUAUCUCACAUAGACUGAAGUGUAAAUGAUAGAAGAUUAUGAAACAUAUCUACUAAAUGUGGGGCAGAUACAUGUUUAUGAUAGUAUAAACUGCCCUUGAUUGGAUUUAGACGGUUGUUUUAAACGCCAGAUGUACUUUUAUUUCAAUAAAAUUGUCGCUCGUGUUCCGAGGAUGGGAUGGUUUAGUGACAUCUAGUAGCAGUGAUGAAGUAUUGCAGCCUACGUCCUCGACCGGCAAGUGCGUCACUUCCGCUCCUUUUCCUGUUUAUUUUUUCCCCCCGCAAGCCUCCAUGUAUGUAGUUAUUGUACCAGAUCUACAUUGAAUGAAAUGUUUUAGUAACUCUGCCUAUUUCGUGAGGACGGAGUGGAACAAGCUGAAAAACUGCACAACUGAACUGAAGCGGCGGCAACUUGUGGCGGGAAGCCUGCAAGAAUGCUGCAUUAUUUCACACAAGCACUGAAGUCCCGUCGAUUUCACUGAUACCGUUAGUUCUCCGCUGCUGCUGCUCCUCCCAGUGAAACCAGCAGACGCAUGUCGCGGUUCAGGACCACACUUGACAGUGUCACCAAGGCAGUGGGCAGCACAGAUCUCAUCUCCAAGUUCUCCCGUUUCAAGCCUGGCAGUGCCUCGGCUGACGGCACCCAUGCGCCAAAAGCUCUUUCCAAAGAGGCGCUUAACAACACAUCUACCGCCGCGUCGCCCGAAGCCACGAUGAAAGAAGAAGAAGAAGGUGAGAAGAACGAACCAGCGAAGGAAGAGACGGAUAAAAAGCUAUUACACCAAGUUGCAGAAAAACCUUUUGUUGCCACGAAGAAGUCCACCACCCCUUUAGCGGCCGCACCAGCCUCUUCCUCCACUGUGACUAAGCAGACAAUGCAGCUGUUCCACCCAGCAGCUCUGUCCACCAAUAUGGACGAGACCUCCAAAAGUCUGGCCCACCACAUAAACAGCUACUUUGGUACCAGCCAUCAACAGGGAGAAGACGGAGAAAACAGGCUGCAGCAACGCAGAGAGGAGGAGGAUUCAGUUUCUGAACACUUCCCUCACACUGCCUCGUUAAAAACAGGGGACCACAAUCCUGUCCUGGCCCCCGUGUCAGACGUCAAGAGUAUUAAAGCACCGUCUACCUCCCCUGCAUUUUCCUCUCCAUCAGAAAAUGCCAGUCCUGUGGUAGAAGUUUCCACUUCUCGAACCCCUGCGUCUGUGGACGCACCUCAGUCCACCCCUGCACCUACUACCUCCUCCAAAAAAGGCUUCACCCACUACCUGUCCUACCCUCGGCCCAGUGUUCAGGCGUUUGUUGGCAGCUACAUUGCGCCUCUCGUGCCCAGAUUUAGAGGCGAUGCCAAAAGGAUUGCAGCUGAAAAGGAUAAUUCUGCAGCCGCCGCUGUGGUUGAGUCCACUGUGGACAAGGCAGGAGAGAAGGUGGACAGUGAAGAGAAGGAAGAUGAGAAAGUGAAGCAGCAGCUGAUAUCUCAAAGGGAGAAGAUAAUAGCCAGGGUGAGCGUGGACAACAGGACCAGAGCUCUGGUGAAAGGCCUGCAGAGAGUCACUGAUGUCAAACUCCUCACGACUCGUGUGGAGGAGCUCAGCUUUCAUCUAGUGGAGUUCCCCGAGACUCGAGGUGUGGCCAUCAAGGAAAGCGUGCUGUCCUGCCUGCUGCGAUUGCGCCAGGCCAGAGACCUUCCUCUUCAGGCUGCUGUGAGGGAAGCGCUGGCCUUGGUCGGAUACACCGAUCCAGUCAAAGGCAGAGGAAUAAGGAUCCUGGCGAUAGAUGGAGGGGGAACAAGGGGACUGCUUGCUCUGCAGACUCUCUAUAAAUUGCAGGACCUGACUGGGAAACGAGUCCACCAGCUGUUUGACUACAUCUGUGGAGUCAGCACAGGUGCCAUCCUGGCCUUCAUGCUGGGGAUUUUUAAGAUCCCCCUAGAAGAGUGUGAGGAGAUGUACAGGAAGCUCGGUGCAGAUGUGUUUAAACAGAAUGUCAUCGUUGGGACUAUGAAGAUGAGCUGGAGUCAUGCUUUCUAUGACAGUGAAGUCUGGGAAAAUAUCCUCAAAGAACGAAUGGGAGAGGGCCGUAUGAUUGAGAGUGCCAGGGAUCCACACUGCCCUAAAGUGUCAGCUGUGAGCACCAUUGUGAACAGAGGUUUGCCUCUGAAGGCCUAUGUGUUCAGGAACUACAGGCUCAUGCCAGGAGUGAGAUCCCACUACCUUGGAGACUGCAAACACAAGAUGUGGCAGGCUAUCAGGGCCUCGUCUGCCGCCCCGGGCUACUUUCAGGAAUUUGUUCUGGGAAAGGACCUCCAUCAGGAUGGAGGACUCUUAAUCAACAACCCCACAGCUCUGGCCAUUCAUGAGUGUAAGAGUCUGUGGCCAAACACACCUCUGCAGUGUGUGUUGUCUCUGGGCACCGGCCGCUACGAGACGGCGGGCACCAACAGCACGUCCUACACGAGCUUGAAGACCAAACUCUCCCACGUCAUCAGCAGUGCCACAGAUACAGAGGAGGUGCACACCAUGCUGGACGCCCUCCUCCCGCCGGACACGUACUUCCGCUUCAACCCCUACAUGAGCGAGGACAUCCCGUUGAACGAGAGCCGCUUAGAGAAGCUGAACUUCCUCAAGAGCGAGGGGGAGCGCUACCUGGAGCGCAACGACGCCAAGCUGAGGAAGGCGGCGAGCGUGCUCAGCCAGGAGAAGGGCAGCAUCCAGAGACUGGCCGAGUGGGCUAAGCUCAAGGCCGACAUGUACGAGGGCCUCCCCUUCAUCUCCAAGCUGUAGUCGUAAGCCUGGCGGCAGUGUAACCGCUGAGUUUUUAAAGGUAAGGAGAAAAAAAAAAAGAUUAGGGUGCAUUUUUAAUCAUAUAGGAAAGACAGUGUUUACAUGAUUUGAGCCUAACACUAAAUUCAUCAGACACAACUCAGUGUGAAAUGACCUUUGACGUGAGUGGCUGUGUUUACAUGGACGCUGGCAUUCCACUAAAACCUCCACUAAAAUAUAUAUAUUAGCACCUGUUAAACUAAUUCCAAUCGUUUGUCUUUGGUUGGAAUAAAUAAAAUUUUUCUGUGAAUGUGAUCAGCAGGUGACAAAAAACAAAAAUUUAUCUCAGUCAUCUUUAUAUUUCUGGGAUACAUAAUGAUCCACAGCACCUCUCUAAUCAUGUCAAAAAAAAAGCUUCAUUCUGAUAAUGUUUUGGGACAUGGAAACAGUUGUAAUCCGUUUAAAUCAGGACGACAACAUUUUGUCCAUGUAAACGUGGCCAUUUAUUCCAAUGUGUCCAGUGUCAAUGAUCAUUACGCAAUAGUAUAGUUUAAAAGGGAUACAUAGUUUUUUUUAAAUUUGCUAAAAAUGUCGGGUGACCGACUUUUAGAACGCAGAUGGAAAUGUGCAACACAUUCACAGUUUAAUAACUGUAUAAAGAAUUAAUGCCAACAUGGUAGUGGCUGUUUAGUAAAGAAAUGACUGUUAUAAGUUUGCAUUAACACUAACUUGAAUACAUUAAGAUGUAAUUAAUACAUGAUUGCACAGUGGGAACAGAAACAUGACUGCCUAUUCAUAACACUGUACAGAGAGAAUACAAAAAAAACUCAUGCACUUUGUAAGAUAUAACUCUUACCCUCUCUGUCUGGUAAAAUGUAAAUAAUGUUUGAAGGAAUUACUUUGAGUGCUCUUGCUAGAAUUGUAGAGUAUGACAAAGGAGAUACUACAGAUGCAGUCACUUUAAAAUCUGUUGUUACUUACAUGAAAGUAUUAGAAGUGAUUGUUGUAAUCCUCUAAGCAUGUGUGUUGUACCCGCAACAAAGUGUGGCCCAUUACAUUAUAUGAAAUCUUUGCCUUCAAAUCUGGUUAAGCCUGAAUUCCUCAACAUUGACAAUUGCCGUAAACUUUAUUAAUGGAUCAAACUUUCUACAACUUGAGCAUCCUUAUUCUUCCCUUCCAUUUCACAUAUUCCAUUCCUUAGUGGAACAAAAAAAGAUAUGAAAUAUCAUGAGAUAAUAAAACUUGGUCGUCAAAACCUUGA